UUCUCUCUCUGACUCUGAGGGUCCCAAAAACGCCACUGGAUUCUGGUUUUUGAGUAAACUUCAAGAACCAAUAUAAAAUUCCCACAAAAGAUAACACCCAUUUGGAGAGAGACGAAGAAAAAAAAAAGUGGGUUCAAUUCAAGGGAAAAAACGAACCCACGAUUCUGAAAUUUCUUUGCAAUUUUCCCAUUUUCUCUGCUUUCUCCGAUUCCUCGUGGAAUUUCUCCCUCUGGGUUCCGAUUGCAUUUCGCUCUCUUGAGGGGCGGCGACCAUGGCGGAGGAGAAGCCGCCAUCGGAGCCGAUCAAGAAAGACUUGGAGAAGUUGCUGAACAAAAUCACCCACCAAGAAGAUUGGGAAAUCGUAUCCGCCGACGAGGCUAUCGACAGAUUGGAUGCUUUGAAACUCUCCCGAAUCGCCUCCACCGCCGCCUGUGGAAGUAGCCGCAGUAGGUCUCCGUUUGUGCCGGAGUUCUUCCGGUGCCCAAUUUCCGGGGAGCUCAUGAAGGACCCUGUCAUCUUGAAAACUGGUCAGACAUACGAUCGGGCGUUUAUCGAGAAAUGGUUCCAUAAAGGGCACAAUACAUGCCCUCAAACCAAGGAAGUCCUUUCUGACAUGACGCUUACUCCGAAUCGCCUUCUUCGGGAGAUAAUCUCGCAGUGGUGCGCGGAGAACGGGUUGGAGCUUCCCAAGCUUGUUUUUGAGGAAGUGGUCACCAGUGAAAGUGAAUGUGAUUUCGAUGAAUUGCUUAACAAGUUGUCGUUGUCGUUGUCACCGUCAUCGUCCCUAUCAGAUCAAAAAGCCGCUGCAAAGGAGUUGAGACGGUUAGCAAAAGGGAACCAUGAGUUUCGAGCCCUUUUCGCCAAGCGCCCCGAGUCUAUCGACAGAUUAUUAUCGUGUCUGUUACUAGAUAACAUUAGUCUCCAUCCUGAUCUCCAAGAGGAUUUAGUUACCAGUGUUCUCAAUAUCUCGAUUCAUGAGGAUAACAAGAAACAUGUAGCUGAGAACUGGUUGGCCCUCCCGGUGCUGAUCGAAUCUUUACAAUACGGAAAUACCAAUACGAAAGCGAAUGCUGCUGCAGCUAUUUCCUCAUUAGCGUGUCUCGAGUCGAAUAAGAUCAUCAUUGGAAAUGCAGGCGCUCUCAAGCCUCUGAUUGCACUUCUAGACGAUGAUGCCCAUCCAGUGGUGAUAAAAGAUGCAGCUUCUGCAAUUUUCAGGCUUUGUACCAUCCACCAGAACAAAGAGCAGGCAGUUUACAACGGAGCAGUUGGUUCCGUUCUUCGAAACAUCAUUGGAGGCAUAAUGGUCGAUGAGUUGGUUUCGGUACUCGCCCUGCUUUCUAGCAAUCGGAAGGCUGUCGAGGAAAUGUGCAAGCUUGACACUGUGCCCUGUAUGCUGGAAAUCAUGAGGGAAGCUAGUGCCGAAUGCGUCAAAGAAAACUGCGUCUCAAUACUAUUUGCAAUCUGCACAUCGAAUCGAAGAAAAAUGUGGGAGAUUCAGGAGGACGAAAAUUGGAAUGGUACAAUCGUAGAACUUUCAACAAGCGGGAAUUCGAGGGCGAGGCGAAAGGCUAUCGGCAUACUCGAAAGGCUGCAUAGAGCUGCUUCAAGAACUCACACUGCUUGAUGAAAAUAGGUCAGAAUUCUUUCACACCAACCUGUGUAUACAUAUACUUUGUCUUCCAAUACAAAAGUUGCACAUAUUACAAAAGAGAAAGAACUAGUUGAUAUAGGAAAUUUUGGUCCAAACCCAAGUGAUGAAUGAGAAAUACAAUACCAUUUUUUUGGUUCA